UGUAUUGCAAACAUUGAUUGAAUGUCAGAAAUACAAUAAACAAACAAUACAUUUAGUAUUAGUAUUAAUAUUACAAUAAUUUGUUAAUAAUAUCAUAAAUAUGGAUAAAAAUAGUGAUCGAAGUGGUGGUCAAAGUGGUGGUCAAAGUGGUGGUCAAAGUGGUGACAAAAACAUGACUAAAGAGGAGAAAGCGUUAUUGAAAGCACAACGAAGAGCACAAUUCGAAUUACAAAAUAAAGACAAACUAAUAAACGCUUCCAAAGAUAAAGAAAACAAAUCAAAGGCAGAAUUGAAAGCUGAAAGACGAACCAAACAAGAGAUUCAAAGAUUGGCAAAGACUGGUAAUAAUGAACAAAAGAGUGGCAAAUCUGAUAACAAACCUAAACCUAAUGACAAUAAGAAUAUAUCCAACAAAUCUGUUGAUAAAAAAGAUAAAGAAUUGCCAAAAGUUGAGGAAACAAGUGUUAAGACAAUCGAUAAUAAAUUGACUACAAAUACAUCUAAUGAUGUAAUACAUGGAUUACAAUUAACAUCAAAUAAAUUAAAUACAAAUGUUGUGACAAAUAUUACAUCGACUUCUGGGUCUUCUGUUACCAAAAGAAUACAAAUAUUUGCAAAUAUUCCCAAACGAACUCAAGAUUUAAACCAAUUAAGUGAUGAACUCUUUUCUAAGUAUUCAGAAAUUCAUCCAAUUGUUAUUCAAAUUGGUUACCAAAUCAAUAAAAAUCUGAUUCGUGGCUCAAAUGCUAGAUGUGUUGCAAUGCUUAUGGCAUUUAAGAAAGUGAUUGAAGACUAUACGACUCCGCCAUCAAAGGAAAUGAUUCGUGACUUGAAAUCAUUGAUUGAUAUUUACGUUAAAUUUUUAGGUAAAUGUCGUCCAUUAUCUAUAAGUAUGACAAAUGGUAUUAAGUUUUUGAUGUCAACGUUUACCCGAAUUCCCGCACAAACUGACGAAAAUAGCGCUAAAAUGAUAUUAUGUGAGGGAAUCGAUAACUUCAUUGACGAGGAGAUCAUAUGCGCUCAAAGAGGUAUUGCAGAUCUAGCCAUCACUAAAGUCAAUGAUUCUGACGUUAUAUUGACUUAUGGCUGCUCUCUAAUUAUCAAACAAGUCAUUUAUAAUGCAAUCCAAAUGCGAAAGAAAUUUCGUGUAAUUGUUGUCGACUCAAGACCUCGUUUUGAUGGCAAAGAAAUGCUUAAAUUUUUACUUAAACAUAAUAUUCCUUCUAAUUAUAUACUUAUUAAUGCAAUUUCAUAUGCCAUGAAAGAGGUGACUAAAGUAUUUUUAGGCGCACAUUCAUUAUUAGCCAACGGUUAUGUUAUGGGACAUAUUGGCAGCUCUCAGAUUGCAUUAGUGGCUCAGGCAUACAAUGUACCGGUUCUUGUCUGUUGUGAAACAUAUAAAUUUUCUGAACGGGUCCACACCGAUAGUUUUGUACACAACGAAAUCGGUGAUUCAACAGUCCUUUUGAACUCAUUAUGCACUUCAUCUAAGUCUUCAAUCGAUGCAAAUAAUAAGGAUUUAAAUUUUAUGGAUCUUCUAUACGAUGUAACGCCACAUGAAUUAGUAUCAGUAGUAAUCACUGAAAAUGGUGUCCUCCCGUGUACUUGUGCACCGGCUGUGCUUAGAGUUAGAGACACCAAAUAAUAUU